CAGUUUGCAUCUGAACACCAGGUUGAAAGGAGAGUCACUUUUAGCUCGAAGACAUGCUGGAUCAGGUAGUGCUCAUUGCAGGAGUAACGGUGUUGGGCGUGUUAGAGCAAGCUUACUUCUCUCUACAGGUGAUUUACGCCAGACGCAAGUACUCUGUCUCCCCACCCAGCACCUCAGGGCCUCCAGAGUUUGAGAGAGUCUUCAGAGCUCAAGCCAACUGCUCUGAAUAUUUCCCGAUCUUCAUCAUCAUCCUAUGGGUGUCUGGACUCUUCUUCAGCCAAGGUCUGUCAGCACUAUGUGGACUCCUAUACCUGUACGGGCGCUACCAGUACUUCAGGGGCUAUGCUAAAUCGGCACAUGGACGACUAGCCCCUCUGUAUUUCAGUGCCAAGGUUCUGUGGGUUUUGAUCGGGUUAUCCGCCCUGGGGAUUCUGGGUUCUAUGUGUCGGUUCUACCUGGAUCUGGACCUGAAGCAGCUCGCCAGCUCUGUCCUCGACCUGACUGAGGAAGAGGGUGGGGGACUAUAAGGGAUGAGCAGGAGGAGAAGCGCUUAAAUGAGAGAUGAUGGGAUACACUAACAACUAGACAAGCUACCUUCAUUGCCAAAUCAAGACAACUAAAUGGAAUGGUUGAUUGAAGUAGGGAAAGAUGUGUUCCAACCUUGAGCUGCAGGUUUUGAAAAAAAUUGAAGUGUCCGGUCUAGGCCUAUGGUAGGCUAUUUUACAAACUGCUUGUGUGCCAUUUAGAUUGAGGUUACAGUCCCCCUAAACCAAGGCAUGUUUCAGACUGAAAUAUGGAACAAAAACAUUGUUUUGAUGAAAACAAACAGGGUAGGCCUAUCCAUUAAUUAGUAAAGUUAGUUUCAUCUUUUCCAAAAACCUGCAUUCCAAGUGAUAGCUCAUAUCAAACACAGCCACAUUUGGCAGGUGUUCUCUUUUGGCUAUCUAAUGGUUAAGAAGGGAAACAUCUAAGCUUUCUAAUGCUGUUAACUGUAUGUCUCAUCUCAUACUAUUAAGCGAACAGUGAUAUUGAUUUGAAAGAAGCACCUGUUUGGGUAGCGUGAGUCGCAGCUCAAAUUGCGCUUGUAGUCCUUCAUUUAGCAAACCACCUUGCAUCUCCAGUAGGCCCAAGUGUUUUUCAAUUUAGACAGAAUAUAGGCCUGAGCAUUUUAUUUAGUUGUCCAGUGUGCUGUCUGACUAGUGUGCUAGCUAGCCGGUGUGUCAUUCAUUUGCCAUAAGAAAAAUGCUUGUGGAAAAAGCAACUCCCUUGCAAUCAUUAUUGCCAAAUACACUUGUCUACUAUUAGGCUACUGUAGAAGGUUAAAAGUAUAUAAAUUAUCCACAUGUCCUUGUAAAAUUAGCAUGCAAUUUUUUUAACUGAAAAAAACUGGUUAGACUGUUGUAUGUGUGCUGAUGCAUCCAAACAAUGUUAAAGCCCCAUGCUUAUUUUAUUUUGAAAUCAUUGUAUGUCCAAAUCUGUUUAUCUAUUGAAAAUAACUCAAUAUAUUUAUAAUUUAUUUCCCAGGGCCUCCUUUUGCCAUUGAAAUGUUCAGUCUGAUAUUGUGGGUGUGUUGAUAAAAAUGUAAAGAUAUUUACAUACUCAGCCCUGAUUGGUGGCUAGAAUCAUCUAGACCAGGGAUGGGCCCUCCCUUUGUUGGCCCGCGGACCAAUUUCCAAAGACCAAAAAAAAGAUUGUUGCGAUCUAAACUUGCAGUAAUCAUGGUUGAAUUACCAAACAUUUCUCUCCAUUCAAUUACAAAAUGUGUAGAAUUGCAGUAAGUUAGCUGUAAAACUGCACAUUUUUCUCUGCCCCAUGGAUGAGUAGAAUUGCAUGAAAUUAUUUAUAUAAUGGCUAAAUCCUCUCUCCACUCCAUUGCAAAAUAUGCAGAUUUUCAGCAAACUUGCUUUAAAACUGCAAAUUUUGCUUAGGGCCUCAAAGGCUAGGGUCUGCUCUGACUGCAUGUCUGGGUAUGCAGACCCACGAGCCACUACGGACUCCCAUGAUGAGUUCAGAUUUUUUGUGGCCCUCACCCCCAUCGAAGUUGCCCAUCCCUGGUCUAGACUUUCUCUAUCCUACGUACCCAUUCAAAAUAGGAGGAUACACAUGCAAAUAAAAGAUGACUGGAUAAUUCAAUUCUGAUGUCAUUAUCUGGACCUAAAAUGCCAUCUCACCUAAAGAAAUAUACUAUACAUUUUAACGAUUAAAUGGGCCAAAUUCUGUGCAUGUUAACUGACCAUUUUAUUUUGGGUAAGGUAAACAUGACCUGUUUUUGGCCAAUGGGCAAGUGCCUUUGAGAGCUGGAAGGCCCACUGCAGCUGUUUCUAUAUCAAUAUCAAAAAAUAGUACCUUACAGUAAUAGUUUUUCAUUAAAAUUGACCAAAAUAGCUUUUUAGCUAAACUGUAUUUUUCUAGCAAGAAUUUUGCUACGAGUAACUUGGAGUGGUCUUAGUGGGGAGGAGAAUUUAAUGUAGCUGUUAUUAGCAGUGAGGUUAGGAACGCUGUUUUUGGUCUACUAACCAACUAUUUGCCUGGUGAUGUCAAGCCCAAGCUAAAGCUUGAUUAGAUGAUUAGAAGGAUGAUUAGAAGGUCCUGUGUAGAUAGUUGUUUGUUGAAAAUACAAUCAGGAAAUAACACUUCAUUUUUUCACAAGUUUAAUCAGCUUUUGAACAAUAUGAUAUAAAACACAGGAAAAACAGAUUUUUGUUUGCACUGGGCCUUUAAUGACAACACAUGUAUAUUGUGUGAAAUGUUUUUUGGAAUCGCCUGUUUUCCAUUGGUGAUUUAGUUUAUGUUGUAUGGCCCAGUGAUCUGUGCUGGAUCUUAGUGUUAAACCUCAAGAAAAAAAAACCAUUUGGAUUACUGUUGAUAAUUGAUAUCUGCGCAUCUGUCAAUUUUUAUUUGAAUGUAAUCUUUGGUGAGAUGUUCAUUUGCACUCAUUUACCUUGUAUUGAAAUUGUGUCUUCAUAAAUAAAGCAGCUAACUUUGUGAAUGUUAAA